CAGACGCAUUGACUUUUAGAACACACUCGCUGCUUUCAUUUCCGAUUAAAAAUGUGUUUAAACCCGAAAUAACAUGCAGCGCGCUUUCAGAGACGCAACAAUUAUUGAUCUAUUACUAUUUUUAUUUUUAUUUUGUCGUGUGCUCGUGGAUGAAAGUUCGGUAACAAACUAAAACCAAGUCAGCAAAGUAGAAUAAAGUGAAAACCAAGACGCUGGUUUGUCCCCCGGCAUGGAAAGCGGCUGGCGGUGCCGCUGGUCGGACGCCUGAAGCGGCCUGUCCCUCUGCGGCUCCGUGUGUUUAGAAAAGCUCUUUGGCUCCGUGGCCGCCGGUGUGGUUACAGAGGAAGAGGAAGAAGAAGAGGUCUCACUCUGCCUCGAAUUCAGCGCCUCGGGAAAGCGGAGACAUUUCUGGGAGUUUGGUGUCUGCUCCGCGGCUGAGAAACAUGUCCUCCGCGGCGGUCGCUGCCUCCAGAAGGCAGUCGUGCUAUCUGUGCGACCUGCCCCGCAUGCCGUGGGCGAUGAUCUGGGAUUUUACCGAGCCGGUGUGCCGCGGAUGCGUCAACUACGAGGGAGCCGACCGGAUUGAAUUUGUUAUCGAGACCGCCCGGCAGCUGAAGAGAGCCCACGGCUUCCAGGAGGGCAGGUCUCCGGGGCCGGGGAAGCCCCAGCACUCGGGCAAGGACAUCCAGCCCAUGAACCACUCGGCCGGAGACCCGGGCGCCCGUCCGCCGCAGCCGCUGGACCGCUACCCGCUUUCUGACCGGCCGCCGCGGCUGGGACCGGAGUACCAGGCGGGCCGGCAGGCGAACGGCCUCCCGGUGCCGAACGGGUUCCCAAAACCCGACGAGCCGCCGGAGCUGAACCGCCAAAGCCCGAACCCCCGCAGGACUAACGCGGUCCCCCCCAGCCUGGUGCCUCUGGUGAACGGCAGCCUCCCGGCCGUCCAUGCGCUGAACGGCCGCCCCGCUCCGAUGGGGCUGCCCGGCGCUCUGACGGCGCCCGGGCCCGGGGAGCACGGCAAGCGGCCGGAGGAGCUGAAAGACAAACACAGGCCGGACAGCAUGUCGGACAUGUCGGACAGCCACAAGGAGUGGAUGGGCAAAGGCAAAACAGUCCGGGACCUGAUGGCGCUGCACACGUUCGACAGCAGGUUUAAAAAAGACCACGCCGCCAUGCAGCGGGUAAUGGGAUACGAAACGAGUGCCACUUCCUCAAAAACAGACAGGGGGAAGCACCCGCGGAGCAUGAAGAGGAAGGCCUCCCCGGAGCCCGACGGCGAGGGCAGCGCCCCCAAGCUGAACGGCGGCGAGGGCCAGCCGUGGCUGCCGUCGCCCUCCGAGGUGCUGAAGAUGCCACCGGCCGCCCUGCCGGGCUUCUCGGCGGCCCCGCCCUCCACCAUCUCCCCCCACUCCCGCACCACGCCCCCCGAGGCCGCCACGGCGCAGAACGGCCAGUCGCCCAUGGCGGCGCUCAUUCUCGCCGCCGACAACGCGGGCAGCACCGGCUCGCCCAAGGACGCCAACCAGGUGCACUCCACCACGGUGGGCGGGCGGCGGAACAGCGGCAGCCCGCUCUCGCCGUCCUCGGCCUCUCAGAGGAGGCUGACCCAGAGGGAGGUGCUGGGCGGGCCCGGGGGCGCCAACCCGCCCGCGCCGCACGUGCCGGGGGGCAUGGACCCGCACGCGGCGCCGCCCCAGAGCAUUCCGGACUCGUCGGUGCCGCCGGGCAGCGUGCCGCUGUGCUGCACCCUGUGCCACGAGCGGCUGGAGGACACCCACUUCGUGCAGUGCCCGUCGGUGCCCUCGCACAAGUUCUGCUUCCCCUGCUCGCGGGAGAGCAUCAAGCAGCAGGGGGCGAGCGGCGAGGUGUACUGCCCCAGCGGGGAGAAGUGCCCGCUGGUGGGCUCCAACGUGCCCUGGGCCUUCAUGCAGGGGGAGAUAGCCACCAUCCUGGCCGGGGACGUCAAAGUAAAAAAGGAGAGGGACCCCUGAGGCGCCCAGCAGCCGCUGCUCUUGCCCCUUUUGUUUUGUUUUGUAACAGGACGGCGACGGCGGGACGCGAGGCGGCGGACGCGGCGACAGGACUGACAUGUACAUAUUGGACACAAGGGAAGUGAACACUUGGUAAAACAUGGCUGUAUAAUUUUUUGAUUUUUUUUUUUUUUUCAAUACGUUGUGUUUCUAUAUUUUUUUUGAAGAUAAAAAGGUAUGUACUCAUCAUAACAGACUCCUCCACCCCCCCCCCACCCGUACCCCCCCCAUCUUCAUCGCACCUCUUUUCUUUUCAAUGUACCAUCAAUGUACUUUAGGUCUGGUGACAGUCCCUGUCAAACAUAGAAUGUGACUAAUCUGAGCACUUGGCAAAAAAAAAAAAAAAAAGAAGAAAAAAAAGAAAA